GCAGUAGCUGGUGCAGGAGGAGCAGGUGGCGGCGGCGGCGGCAGUGAUUAUACUCUCAGGGAUGACUCAGCUGGGUGCCAUAGCAGCUCUAGCUGCCAGCCUGGUGGCAGCUGCUCUUUUUUCUGCAAUACACAAGAUCGAAGAAGGGCACAUUGGUGUUUAUUACAGGGGAGGAGCCCUGCUGACAUCCACCAGUGGCCCUGGCUUCCAUCUAAUGCUCCCUUUCAUAACCUCCUAUAAAUCAGUACAGACAACAUUGCAAACAGACGAAGUUAAAAAUGUUCCAUGUGGCACAAGUGGAGGAGUGAUGAUCUAUUUUGACCGAAUUGAGGUUGUGAACUUCCUAAUCCAAAGUGCCGUAUAUGACAUAGUGAAGAACUUCACUGCAGAUUAUGACAAGGCUCUCAUCUUCAACAAGAUCCACCAUGAGCUCAACCAGUUCUGCAGUGUCCACACACUCCAGGAAGUUUACAUUGAAUUAUUUGAUCAGAUUGAUGAAAACCUGAAACUGGCUCUCCAGCAAGACCUGACAUCCAUGGCACCAGGACUCAUCAUACAGGCAGUCCGAGUCACAAAGCCAAACAUCCCAGAGACAAUUCGGAGGAAUUACGAACUCAUGGAGAGUGAGAAGACAAAGCUGCUGAUUGCAGCUCAGAAGCAGAAGGUGGUGGAGAAGGAGGCCGAGACGGAGCGCAAGAAGGCUCUUAUUGAGGCAGAAAAAAUAGCCCAGGUGGCUGAAAUAACAUAUGGGCAGAAGGUGAUGGAAAAAGAAACCGAAAAGCGAAUCUCUGAAAUUGAAGAUGCUGCAUUCCUUGCUAGAGAGAAGGCGAGGGCAGAUGCUGAAUGUUACACUGCUUUGAAGAUGGCAGAAUCCAACAAGCUAAAACUGACUCCAGAAUACUUGCAGCUGAUGAAGUACAAAGCAAUUGCCACCAACAGCAAGAUCUACUUUGGCAAAGAUAUUCCAAACAUGUUUAUGGACCACGCUGGGACUCCCACAAAGUCUUCAGAAGGACCCACAGAGGAGCAGAGAGAUGAAAACUGGCUAGGAGCAGGGGAGGGUUUGUGAAUCUUGAGUCUGGCCAACGGGGCAACUUGAUCUUUGGAUGAAUGGAACUGAUGCCUAACGCCUCUCCUCAAUGUGAUUUCUUUCUCUCUUCUGGGAUGUCGGAGAAGAGCCAGACAAAGCUGUGCUUUUUUUAAUAAAAGGAAAAGGUGUUGGGGGGGAGGCAGGCUGGUUUGUUGGAAGCAAAUAAUGGGACAGCUUCCUGACUUAUUUCUCAGCAGUCAGAUUCACUGUCAUGUUUGUGCUCGUGUGGAUGGAGAAAGCAACACUGACUCACACUAAAGAGGCUGCAGCAUUUUCCUGAUGGACUCUGCAGCCAAUCAGUUUCAUUGCAAUUAAAGAAGGGGCGACUUUUCUUGCUAGAAACUGUCCUUUCUUCUGGCAGUUGUGCACGUUACAAGUCAAGUCCAACAGGUGGGUGAUAAGCAUCUUACUCAGCAAUCGGAAGGAGUCUCUCUCUCUCUCUCUCUCUCUUACUGGUCUUUGAGUGCUUGAUGUAGCCUAGAUUUGAUAAUAUGCACACCAGCUAGAUACCAACCACGUGUCCUUCCUGAAUUAUUAGGGUUCAUGAGCAUGCUGUCCAACCGUUGGAUUUUACCUGUAGCAUAUAUGUUGACCCCAUUCCACCCUCAAAUAAAGGUGCUAUGUUUUGAAUUAAAAAACACAGAGACACUACAGAUUCUAGAUUUUGGCUUGUGUUGUGGAGCAUUAAAUAUCAGCACACUAAAGGGGUGUCCAAAUGGUGCUUAUUUCAGGAUGCACCCAUGCAGUACAUCUGAACCCCACAGUCCACCAUCCUCUCCUGAUGUGCUGAUAGGGACAAUCACAGGACCAGUGUUGGGUGGAAUGCAGGCUUUGCCCCCACAGUAAUGGUCUGUCUAAGUGCAGCUGUCGCAGGGGAAUAAGUUACCUUUUCCAGGAAUGUUACUUCUGCAUGAGAGAGUGUUAGUCAGCCAGAUGGUCACCCUGCAUUCGCAAAUUGACCCCGGCUUGCAGCCCUCUUUCUAGAACAUGCAUGCAAAACUGGUCAUCCAUCAAGCCAAGCUCACCAGCCAUGUAAUCCUGGCCUGCUAGAUGUUUUACACACACACACACACACACACACACACACACACACACACCAAGUUCCAACUAAUUUACUAAGACCUACAUGGCUUGUGUUUCAGCUUGGCAAAUCUCUAGUUGCACACCUGUGUUCUAGAUUGUAACCAGCAGCCAGAUUCUCUGUUUCCCUCAGCUUCAUGGGUGCAACUGUGCUAGUCUAAAUAUUUCAGUGUCUUCCUAGAGGAAGGCAUCUGGUGGAUUUCCAGCCCAUGCUUGCUCAUAGCAAAGGUUUCCAGCGGUGAAUAGCAUUACUUCGUACUGGUUCUGACCUCAUUUUUAGCUCUUGCAGGGUUGCUUUUUGAAGUGAUCCUUUGAGUGAUGCUUCGGGGGAAUUAUUUUUGAAUCGGCAUCAAUGCAGUUGUGGAUUUUUAUCCUGGGGACAGCCCUGUGAGCUGCCUUCAACUUAUGUAGUUGCAUCCAAGUUCUUCCAUUAGCAGUAAACUCUUCUUCAGAUGAUGCCCUUGGUUAGACUGUAAAAUGUCAAACCACUUCCUCUAGAAUACUCCCAUUAGUGUUUGUUCUGGAAUGGUUUGUUCCAAAGCAGCUGGCAGGCUCCGAUUUAGAGGUGUGCUUUGCUUUGUUUCCCUGAUAACACUGCCAUCUUACAUUAGUCUGUGCUAUAAGUGUGUUCAGAAUGAGGACUGUAAUGGGGAAACUCUUGACUCUCCAGAAGCUGUUGAAUUCCCUGUUCCCAUCAGCCCCAAACACUGUGGCCAGAAGUCAACAUCUAGUUUCCCGUGGUUGUGUUGGGAUACUCGGUGAUGUCUAUUUUCCAGAGGUCAUAUGCACCUUGUAGACCUUGGAUUCUAUCCAGUGCUAUUUCUACUCAUAGUGGGCCCUUGAUUAGUUGCACACAAAAUUGGCUGUGUAGUCAAGCCCUUAAUGCUUGCAGUGUGUGAAACUUCCCUUUGACAUGACAGAUAAGUGGAUUUUGGAGUUGUUGGUUUGUUAUCAGGCCUGUCCAGUGAUACCUUUGUCGACAGGUUCCUGGCUUUCAAAAUACUCAUUGUGUCUUAUAGCUUGCAGCUCUCUGUUUUAAACAUAGCAUGGCCUCAUAAAUGGGGCUGAGAUGCAAAGAAACACUAAGCUAUGGUCUCCAAAGUUCUUACCGCUCCUCUGUUUAUGCUUCCAACCAUUGGCCCAUUCUUCCGUACCAGCUUAGUACAGAGCAACACCUAAGGCAUCAUCUUGCUAAGCUCUCCUCUAUAUCUGCCCCAUAGUUGGGCGGGACAUCACAGUUAUCCAGCUUCUACUUCAAAAAUUGCUUUGUUUAUGCGUAACAAGGGUAAACCACAAAAGCUUUCUGCUUUGCUUCUUGCUAUCUCUCUAGUUCUGAUUCUGCAAAUGCCCUGGAAUCAUUUUUGAAUGAGGUGUUACAGAUUUCUGGGACUAGGGUUGAUGUGAAUGCGCUUUUUAAAAAUAGUCUGGUUGUCACAAUUCCUGGCUUAAUGGGAUGCUGUCUAAAAGGGUGGUUAGGACAGUCAGAUAGGCUAUCCUGUGCUGUGCUCUUGCAGGAUGACUUUAGAAGUGAACAGCAACCACAGGCUACUUCUUACAUUUGCUUUCUUAACUUGUCCUUUCAAUAUGCAAAUAGGACAGCAUCAUCCUGAAACUGCAUUUUUGUAAAAUGGGAACAAUAAGUUGUGAGUCUACAGUCCCCAAAUGGGCUUAGGGAGUCCCAGACACUUAGCCAGAUGUGCCUUAGAUUUCUUUCCGAUGGUUCCCACAUUACAAACCACAGGUCUCCUUGGCCUCCCCCACCCCACUGCUUUCUUGUAUGCAUCUUCCACGUGCAAAGUAGAGCCCCCCAAAUUCCUCUUGGAGUGAAAGGAGAUCCAGGCUAUUGAUGCUCCCAUGGUGUGUGUGUGUGUGUGUGUGUGGUCCACUCAAGAUUAAAGGUACAGCCCUUGGGAACCUCUUUUAAGUGUAACAUUACAAACCUGUAUGGUGGUGAUGUAUAUUCAACACCUAACUUUGAAAACAGAAAAGGCUGUACUGUACUCUGUCCUGUGGUAACUCAGUGGAACCCGCAUUGGGGCUUCAUAUUGUAGGUUCGGGCUCAUGAUUGCUGCUCCAUAUAAAAACAAAUCCUUCCAUGCCCACCUAGCAUGUCUAGGGGUGUGUGAAGUUGACAUUCUUUUCCUUGACAUGCUAUUCCUAUAUGUGCAGAUUUUGAUUUUAAUUUUAAUGGAGGAGCAAGUGUGUGAUCCCUCACCUGCAGUCUCAAGUGGUACAUUCCAGACACACGUUGACCAAGUCUGAAACUUUGGCUAUCGUUACCCAGCCCUGUUUUGAACUUUAGUGGGUUUGUGCUGAGCAUUGCAGGCGCUAAGGGAGAAGCUGACCUAUGUGAUAUGCAUGUAUUUCUUAAGCAAAUGCUUGAAAGAGUGUGGUGUUCUGCUUAGCAAGCCCCACAUGUCCAUUAGAGGGCCACAUACUAAGGCACGGCAUUGGGGAUUGAAAACGACGUUAUCUUGAGUUCAUGCUGCUUGCUUGAGGCAGGAGGGCUGUUCUGUUGGAAUCACUGAAAAUUACAGCAGUGUCUGAAAAUUGUAGUGUCUUUUAAUGUCCAUAAGGUGAUUUUACCAACCACUGGACACCUUAAAAAAUAACUUGAUAUAUGUCCGUCCAUGCCUCCUGUAACAUGAGAAACAGGAAGUUGAGUGUGAUUGUCAUAGGAACUUGCAAUGUAUGUCUUGACUCCCUUUCCCUUAAAGCACCUUUCUUUCUCACACUUAACCUGAGUAUCAGGAGGUACCAACUAACUUCUUAAUAUGUGAAGCAACCUUGAUAUAGGGGUGUGUGUGUGUUGUUAAUGUAUCUGUGAUUCAUCCGUGUUUUUUAAAUAUUAAACAUGGAUGGCAGAAGACAAACUUUCACAAUGAAAUUUGGUAGAAGGUACGAAAGAAAAGAAAGGGGGACCUUUGCUAAUAAACCUGUUUUCUGUCUAUUGAUUUGCUUUGCUGCCUUCUCUUUUUUCCUCCCUGCACUCCCAGCAUGAUCCACCAGCCAGGCAAAAUGCAUCAUCCAGCCUCUGAGCUGAAGCUAGGGAUUGUUUUUGUGGCACACACCUAAGCUGAUGUUAAACCUGUCUACUUUCCUUUUGCAUCAGAGUGCUUAGUGAGCAUCCAAAAUUCAGAUUGAGUAAAGCUCCAGUCUUGCUUUUGGACUGGUUACUUUAUUGCUGAACUUGAGUGGCUAUUUGUCUAUGACGUGAAUAUGCUAGAAUCUACCUGAUGCUACAUGUCAGUUUCAUCAGGAAGUUACUAAGGGAUGGUUUCGGAAGCGCUAAUGUGGAACAGGUAGACACUAAAAUGUGUAUGUAGCUCUUUUCACAUCAUCCUUGCAGUUAAAUUCCUGUCUAGUAUUAUGUCAGAUGCUGGAAUAGAAAAAGACACAAUUCCCCCCCUGGCUUUCAUACUAUCACGCUUUGCAGAUAGUAUUAUGCAUGUAAAAGAAUGUAAAAAUUAAGCGGGAAAAUGUUUAUAUUAGACUUGUGGGGUGCAAUUCUUGAUUUUUUUUUUAUUUUUGGUCCUGCUGAAAGGGUGGGGGAUAUUUUCUUACACAAGCUUUUUUUACCUAGCAAAAACUAAAUUCCAGCAAAGCCAAAGUGUAUUAUAUGACUUCUUUUAUAUGACUCUGAUGUAAAAAGAUUGGUUAGAAUAACUAAGUUUUGAUUCUUUUAUAUAGAGAGAAGUUCUCUAAAGGAAACUUAAAACCACUAUUCAAUAAAGAGCAGCAAAUAUUAAUGUGAAUAAAGAAUUAAGGUGGAGAUUUCUCCUGAUAAAACAAUUAAAUUAUUUCCAAUCUGUUAGGUACUGGAAAUGCAGUUUAACAAGUUUUUUUUUUUUGUUUAAGUGUGAUCACUGCUUUGUUAAAAUGAGAUAGAUGCCUUUUCUGAAAUGCUCGUUGGGCUCUUAGGAAAUAACUUUUUUAUAAUUCCUUUUUGUAUGUGCAUUGAACAAAGUAACACUGAAUAUAUUUUCCUCCUUUUUCCUGUGUGCAAGCUUUGCAAAGAGGAUGUGAAUUCUUAAAACAGAUUUUCUUAAUGAGGGUGAAAUGGUGAAUAUCACUGUCUUGACCAUCAUCCGUUCAAAUAUGCUGCUGUCUUUUCUGACUCUCUUGGAAUGUUUUCAAUAGCAAUUGUGUAUCAGAUUAAAACCAGCCUGUAUGUUUCAAUAUUGUAAUGAAUAAAAUGUUCUUCACUUUUAA